AUUCGUGCUGCUGUAACUGUCACACAGCAGGCACUCCAGUGCGUAACUAUCAAGUACUAGUGAGAAACCGUUACCGCCGUGUCAGAGCAUCACACUUUGUUUUUUUUCUACUUGAACAACCAUGGACCCUGGUGUGGGGAUUGACUCGUCGGUUUUGUGCAUCGUCCGCGUGGUUGCGCUUUAGCACCCCCUGUUCUGGUCCACGGCGAGAAACCAGACAAACGGCUUUGCCAUCGGUCGAUCACCCGGGAGAGAGUGCGGGGCGAUCUAACCACAGGAGCCACACACCAUCCGGCACAGCAGCGGCCGUGUGCGUGUUCGUGUGCGUGUGUGCGGGUCUGUGUUUGUGUGUGUGUCGGGAAAUUCAGGGGACUGACAAGUGCUGAUACCCCCUCCCCAACAUGGCGAGCGAGUCGCCGGCCCGGAGUCUAGACGAAAUAGACCUGUCCGCUCUGAGGGAUCCGGCUGGCAUCUUUGACCUAGUGGAGCUGGUCGGAACAGGCACAUAUGGACAGGUGUACAAGGGUCGCCAUGUCAAGACAGGACAGCUGGCAGCCAUCAAGCUCAUGGACGUCACAGGGGGUGAGGAAGAGGAGAUCAAGGUGGAGAUCAACAUGCUGAAGAAGUACAGCCACCAUCGGAACAUCGCCACCUACUACGGCGCCUUCAUCAAGAAGAACCCUCCAGGAAUCGACGACCAGCUCUGGCUGGUGAUGGAGUUCUGCGGAGCCGGCUCGGUCACAGACCUCAUCAAGAACACAAAGGGCAGCUCUCUGAAGGAGGAUUGGAGCGCCUACAUCUGCAGAGAGAUACUGAGGGGUCUGGCUCACCUCCACCAGCACAAGGUCAUCCACAGGGACAUCAAGGGACAAAACGUCCUGCUGACGGAGAACGCAGAGGUCAAACUAGUGGACUUUGGUGUGUCGGCCCAGCUGGACCGGACUGUGGGGAGGCGAAACACGUUCAUCGGGACGCCCUAUUGGAUGGCACCCGAGGUCAUCGCCUGCGACGAGAACCCUGCCGCUACGUACGACUUCAAGAGUGAUUUAUGGUCAUUGGGGAUCACCGCUAUAGAGAUGGCUGAGGGAGCUCCACCUCUGUGCGACAUGCAUCCAAUGAGAGCCCUCUUCCUCAUCCCAAGAAAUCCUGCGCCAAAACUCAAGUCAAAGAAAUGGUCUAGAAAGUUUGAGUCGUUCAUCGAGAUGUGCCUGGUGAAGAGUCACGGCCAGAGGCCCAGCACUGAACAGCUCCUCAAGCACCCCCUCGUCAGGGACCUGCCCAACGAGAGGCAGAUCCGCAUCCAGCUGAAAGACCACAUCGACCGCACCAAGAAGAGGCGGGGCGAGAGGGAAGAGACAGAAUACGAAUACAGCGGCAGUGAAGAGGAGGACGAGGAUGACAAAGCAGUAGAUCCCAGCUGCUUCACAAACGUCCCCGGGGAGUCCACCCUGAGGCGGGACUUCCUGCGCCUGCAGCUGGCCAAUAAGGAGCGGUCGGACGCCCUGCGGAGGCAGCAGCUGGAGCAGCAGCUGGAGCAGCAGCACAACGAUGAGCACAAGCGCCUACUACUGGCCGAGAGGCAGAAACGCAUCGAGGAGCAGAAGGAGCAGAGGAGGAGGCUGGAAGAGCAUCAGCUGCAGAAGGAGCAGAGGAGGAGGUACGAGGAGAUGGAGCAGCACCGAAGGGACGAGGAGAGGAGGCACGCCGAGAGAGAGCAGGAGUAUAAGCGCAAGCAGAUCGAGGAGCAGCGGCAGGCGGAGCGCCUACAGAGACAGCUCCAGCAGGAGAGGGCCUACCUGGUCUCACUACAGCAACAGCAGAAACAUGUACAGCCAGCACAACUGCAGCAGCAGCAGCAGCCAGAGGGGAGACCGGACAAGAAGCCACUCUAUCACUAUGGACCAAACCAGCCUGACAAACCCACCUGGGCUAGAGAGAUCCAGCUGCAGCAGGAGCUGCCACAUUCUUACAGUCAGCUCCCCCACCCUCUCCAACAGCACCAUCAUUCGUCAUACGAUCAACCUGCAUGCCAAGGCCCCACCGUUAGGCGCUCCCGUUCCAACCCUACCCAGCCUAUUUCCAGCAGACUCCCCAUGAGCCCCCGCUUCACGGCACCCCAUGACCCCCUGAUGGAGUCCGCGCUCCAGCACGAGAUCCGUCUGAGGGUCAAAAAUCUCUGCCAGAACCCCAAAGGGCCCAGUCAGGACCCCAACGUGGUCCGCCACAAAGGGUCUCCCGGGCAGGGUCGGGUCCUCCAUCCCACCCCUAUCCCUAACCCUUAUGUGCUGGGGCCCGGUAACAAGAAAAGUAAGCCAUUGGUAAACCGGCCCCAGGGUGUCCCGAACGAGGCGGCAAGCCAGCAGGGGCUCACCCAGUCCCCCGUACCCCUGAAGGCCCAACAGAAGAGACAGGGCCGCGCUCCUUCUAAACCUCACUCGUCAAACCCUGCAGCUAAACCGGUGGAGGAGCGCUCUAAAAUGAACAGACAGAGCUCCCCGUCACCCCAGCACAAGGUCCCCGGCCGCCCCUCUGACCCCCCCUUGCCUCCCCGCUCCGAGUCCUUCAGCAGCGGGGGCAUGCAGCCCGCCCGCACCCCACCCAUCCACCGGCCCGCAGAACCCCAGAUGGCCCACCUGGUCCCAGUGAAGACCCACACGUCAAUACCGGGCUCCCAGUCUCUGCAGGAUCAGACCAGCUCGGCCCUCAGUGAGGGCCUCGCCUCGGGUCCCUCCCCACAACACGUGAUGCCCCGGCAGAACUCUGACCCCACCUCCGACAACCCCACCACGCCCCUGCCCACGCCCGCCACCUCCAGCCGGGAGGAGGAGGAGAAGGAGAGGGAGAGAGACGGAGAGAGAGACCGGAACCGGGACCGGGAGAAAGACCGCGACCGAGCAGCCUGGCUGAGAGAAGAUGACAUGCCUCCAAAGGUACCCCAGCGUACGACCUCGAUUUCCCCAGCCCUGGUGAGGAAGAGCUCCCCUAACGGUGGACCGGGCCUGGGCCCUCAUGGUGGCUCUCAGCUUAUUCGAGCCAGCAACCCGGACCUGCGGCGCUCUGAGCUGUCCCUGGACCCCGUGCUGCAGAGAACCUCCUCCAACACCUCCUCCUCCUCCUCCCCCUCGUCACAAGGAGGCUCAGUGGAGCACAGAGGUCAAGGCAAGCAGGAAGUCACCCCACCAGAGUCCAAUCAGGAAGGGAAACCCAAGCAGGAGGAGGGACGGGAGUCAGCCCGACCCAGCAGACCUGCAGACCUAAGUGCAUUGGCGAAGGAACUCCGAGAGCUCAGAGUAGAGGACAGCAGCAGACCCCCAGUGAAGGUGACGGACUACUCUUCCUCCAGCGAUGACUCUGAGAGCAGCGAUGAUGACGGCCAGACCGUGGGCCAUGACGGGACGGUUGCCGUUAGCAACAUCCCACGCAUCAUGCCUGCAGUGCAGAGCAACACUGAUUCUUAUGGGGGGCAGACGGAGGAGUCACUGGGGGAGAACUACAGCAGCUCCAAGGACACCACCUUGAUGAUGAGAGAGGCAGAGGAGAGGAGGCGAGGCAGCCACUCGGAGAGCAAUGGCUUCAGUAACCACGGGAACCACAGUAACCACGGGAACCUGCCUGACCUGGUGCAGCAGAGCAACUCCCCAUCAGCCACGCCCCCCUCGGCCCUGCAGGAGCUGAGCGAAAUGGCAGAGUUCGGAGGAUCCAAGGCUUCCUUCAUGCCGUUCGUUGACCCUCGUUCGUAUCAAAGCUCUCCCAAUGAAGACGAUGAGGACAACUCUGCAGCAGCCAUGUUCGCCAAUGAGCUGAUGAGGCAGGAGCAGGCCAGACUGAGCGAGGCCAGAAAGAUUUCGGUGGUGAACGUCAACCCCACCAACAUCAGGCCCCACAGCGACACGCCGGAGAUCCGCAAGUACAAGAAGCGCUUCAACUCGGAGAUCCUGUGUGCCGCUCUCUGGGGCGUGAACCUGCUGGUGGGAACGGAGAACGGCCUGAUGCUGCUAGACCGCAGCGGACAGGGGAAGGUCUACAACCUCAUCACCCGCAGACGCUUCCUGCAGAUGGACGUCCUGGAGGGGCUCAACGUACUGGUCACAAUCUCUGGUAAGAAGAACAAGCUGCGGGUGUACUACCUGUCCUGGCUGAGGAACAGGAUCCUGCACAACGACCCCGAGGUGGAGAAGAGGCAGGGCUGGAUCACCGUGGGGGAGCUGGAGGGCUGUGUGCACUACAAAGUCGUGAAAUAUGAACGGAUUAAGUUCCUGGUGAUUGCUCAGAAGAACGCGGUAGAGAUCUACGCCUGGGCCCCAAAGCCCUACCACAAGUUCAUGGCCUUCAAGUCGUUUACUGAGCUGCAGCACCGCCCUCAGCUGGUUGACCUGACGGUGGAGGAGGGUCAGAGGUUAAAGGUCAUCUACGGCUCCAGCGUGGGCUUCCAUGUCAUCGACGUGGACUCCGGGAACCCCUACGACAUCUACAUCCCCUCCCAUAUUCAGAGCCAGGUGACCCCCCAUGCCAUCGUGGUGCUCCCCAGGACGGAGGGCAUGGAGAUGCUGCUGUGCUACGAGGACGAGGGCGUCUACGUCAACACCUACGGGCGCAUCACCAAAGACGUGGUGCUGCAGUGGGGAGAGAUGCCCACCUCUGUUGCCUACAUCCACUCCAACCAGAUCAUGGGCUGGGGCGAGAAGGCCAUCGAGAUCCGCUCUGUAGAGACGGGACACCUGGAUGGGGUCUUCAUGCACAAGAGAGCCCAGAGACUCAAGUUCCUCUGCGAACGCAACGACAAGGUGUUCUUUGCGUCGGUGCGGUCGGGUGGCAGCAGCCAGGUCUUCUUCAUGACCCUCAACAGGAGCUCUAUGAUGAACUGGUGAAGGCCUCUCCGACCCUGAGGCUACACUACCCCAUUGGCCAGUUCCCAAAUCACUCGAGGACUCGGCACCUAUCGAUCGGAUGACAAUGCAAUCCCCACUCCAGAAGUGAAUCCAUUUCGUCAGCGAACGAGAGACUAAAACUAAUCUUUGGAGAACGUGCGCGUUACUGUAUAGAAGAUAACUUCAAUUGUGAACUAAACGAAGAGAUCUUAACCCUUAAAGAGAGACUGUUUUGAAGGUCGACCACGAGAAAGAGGUUUCUCUUAUGGUCGCCUUAUUGGUGCCACUGGAUUCCAAAUAUUGCUCUAUUCCUUCCUUUCUAUCUAUCUAUCAAUCUAUCUUCUGUCUAUCUUCUGCACCUCACUUUUGAGCUUUCUAGAUUUCAUUCUCCUCCCUACCUCUCGCACUUUUCCUUUCUUUCUUUCCUGCUCUUUCUCUCUGCAGGCCAGUGCAAUUAAUUCUUAAGGAACUGUAAAAUCACUGUAGAACCACACAAUGCACCUAUGUACACACACACACACACACACACACACACACACACACACACACACACACACACACACACACACACACACACACACACACACACACACACACACACACACUUUCCACACCACCUCUUGCUUCCUUUCUGGCUUCCCGUCUGACUUACUUUCUGUUGGCUGAGGGAAGGGAAUAGAAUUGAAUGCAGGAAGUCAGUAUUUUCACACGAAGUAUCAAUACAUACAGUAAUAUGACGAUAAGGCACUAGGACCCUGAGGCUGGCUCAGAUGACUCCCUCCGGACGGCACCAUCCCCCUCUUGUGUGUCCCUCUCUUUCAGCCAUCAUUCAUGUGUUUUUACUUGUUUAUUUUCUUCUGCACCCCUGCGCCUCCUAGUGGAUAAUAACAGUAUGCAAAGAUGAAGCCAUCAGCCCUUUAAAAUUAGACCCUGGUCAUGUGGACCCUUCCUUCGAUCCAUCCUUCCUUUCUUCCUUGCCUUAUUCCUCUCUCUGUCUCUUCUCUCGAUUCCUCCCCCCCCUCUCUAUUCACUCAAUAACUUAUCCAGGUGCUGCAUCAGCUAUACUGUAGUUUUUAAAUGCAACGACAUGAGCAUCUUUCUUAUCAUGGGAUCAUUAGAAAUGUGUUUCAACCUUUUUCUAUUAUCCUAUCAUCCUUUUAUUUUUUUCGUUGGCGCACCGUACAAGCAAAGAGCUGCUUGGCAUUCGAGCUUUGUGAAAUGUACAGCACAUCUGUGUUCCAGUAUCUGUGUGUGUGUGUGUGUGUGUGUGUGUGUGUGUGUGUGUAGGUUGGUGUUGUGAGACAAGCAAGAUGAAAAAAGACUUUCACAGUAUCUAAGGAGUCUAAACAUUGCGGUCCCUCGAUUCCGACCAAGUCUUUCCUUGCACACGCAUCAUGAGUUUAUGAAAUGGGUUGACACACUAAUAUCCCCAUAUAUUUCCCUUCUUUUUUAUUUGUUAUCACAGUGGGUCAUUAACGCAAAACCACAUUGAGGUUUUGUUGCAAGGUGGGAUAGAAGAUGAGCGAGGUGACCAAUUCUUUCGAACAGCGGACGGCGGUUACAGUUGGUUGCGCAAAGACAAACUUAACCUGACGACUGAGAAACUGGAGGCGAGAAGAUCAGAGUAUGAUCUUUUAAAAAAAGUUCUUGUGGUCUAAAGACCUUGCAGAACGGGUUGCAUAAUGUCUUGCGUGACGUGACGUUCAAAUGACAUGUUUUUUCUUUCUAUGAUUGGUAUACUGGUUUAACACAUUCCUUAAGUUUGAUCAUUGUCAUUACAUUUAGUGUAAACUAUUGGAGGCAAUAUAAUUUUUUUCUCUCCUUUAACAGACGUCUGCCAAUAUAAUGUGUCUAUGUGACAGAUUCAUGUUUAAUCGCCAAUAUGAUAAAAAAAAAAACUACAAACGAAAUAACAAAUCAUCAAUAGUUUUUUCUUAAUUGCCAAUUUUGUUAUGUUUUUCCUCAACUGACCAAAAGUACUGUAAUUUAAUUGUUCUUAUUAUUUUUGACAAAACAAACUGCUGUGUGUUUAUGAUCGUGGUUAGGAAGGGCAGGCUAACUGGCUAGCAAUAACAAGCUGUUCAGAUCAAACUACUGUCUUCCUUUAGUCUGUGUGCACAUUGCCAUUCUUAGUUAUGAAGUUGUAAUGGUCACUCAUUCGGUUGCAGAACCCUUCUCGUCAUAAUUAUUACAUUGUUUACUUUAUUUUGAAAGUGUUUUACUAAUCUAGCAUCCUGUUAUGGGAGGAUUGGUUCUUUGUUUUGUAAAAAAAGAUGCUGUACUGAAUAAAUAAAGUACCGUACAACAUUACACAGCAAUACAAACAUAGCGUGUGUGUGUGUGUGUGUGUGUGUGUGUGUGUGUUGCAUUCUUUCUUUCCCAUUCUCCCCCAAGACAUACAAGUUCUUGAUAAACAAGGAAAUAGGUCUAAUAUAGCAUGACCUUUACCUUCAGGCCAAUGUGUAAAGAUAAACAAACUGGAAUCUAAAGGCCCAUUAUUUUAUUAUUUAGCAAAGGGAAUUUCAACCACUUGAUUGGUCGACAUUGACCACGAACGGAUUGGGGGAUGGGCAAUGCGUUCUCUAUAAAUUGAUGAUCAUGCUAGCAAUCUCUCCUUUACACCGAACUCACGUGAUAAGAUAGUCAUCAAUCAAUACGAAAAUGACUGGUUGUGUUGCAAUCAACUGCGUGAAUCGUUCGGAAUCCAAGAUAUCCCUUUGCAGCCCCCCGCUCCGACAGAAGGAAAGGCUCCGCCAGUGGUUGAAAAACAUUAACCGCAUGUCGUGGGUACCAAAUGUGUGUAGCAGAUUAUGUGCCUGCCAUUUCACAGAGGACUGCUUCUCCAUCAAUCGCAGACUCAAGCCAGAUGCGGUACCCACCCUUUUCGGCAGCCCUGGAGCACCCAUCUAAGGUAAGGGCAGAGGUAAGUAAUGUGAAUCAAGUCUUUUUAGAUGUUGAAGGUGUUGUUGAUGAAGCUGAUGAGGUACAGGUGAAUGUUUCGGAAGCCACAGAGGUUGCAGGUAUUGUUGAUGAAGCUGUUAAGGUAAAGGUUAAUGUUUCUGAAGCCACAACAUCAAACAGUGCUGACAAUUAUAAUGCAGUGAAGAAAUCUCAUAUAUCUUUCAAAAGGCAGGCUCAAAAUAAACUUGGAUCUAUUAGAAAAAAGAUUGAUAGUUUGGUGCAGCAGAUGUGUAGGACUUUUAAGAUAAAAGUUUCCUGCUUAACUCAGGUCAUCACUUCUCUCAAGGAGAAACUUCUAAUUUCUAGUGCCUGUGCAGAGAUGCUGGAGAACACCUUCCGUGGAGUCCAUAAGACCUUGCUCUCCAGAAGGGUGCUUGAUAAAGGUCAAAAGUGUCGGAGAAGUUGUGUUCAUUUGCGAUGACUCUGCACUUCUAUUCCGCCAAAGCUUAUAGAUAUGUGUGUAAAGUGUUUGACCUUGUACUUCCCCAUCUCGACACCAUCCGGAGGUGGUACAGACCAAUUUCUGCGGAUCCCGGUUUUACAAAGCCUGCAUUUUGUAUGCAUUCACAUGUGCAGAACAGAAAAGUUGCAGGAAAGGAGACCCUUUGUGCUCUCAUGUUGGAUGAAGUGGCCAUUCGAAAGCACGUGGAAUAUGCAGCUGGAAGAUUCCAUGGUUAUGUGGACCUUGGCCGUGGCACUGUUGAAGGCAUGGUUGUAGCCAUCAACGACUCCUGGAAAAUCCCUGUUGCCUAUUUCCUCAUUGACAAAAUGACUGAAGAGUGUGCCAACAUCAUCAGUGAAUGCCUUCAUCGACUCCAUGCCACCAGAGUUCGUACAGUCUCUUUGACUAGCGAUGGGCCAUCAUGCCACUUUUCCAUGCUGAGAGCCCUGGGAGCAACAUUGGAUGUCAAUAAGAUGAGAUCCUCUUUUGCACAUCCUGCUGAUCAUCACAAUUGGUCCAUGUGCUGCUGGAUGUUUGCCAUAUGUUGAAGCUGCUCAGAAACACAUUGGCUGAAGGAGGUUUACUCUGAACUCCAAAUGGAGAAAUCCGUUGGAAAUGCAUUGAGGAGUUGAAUAAACUUGGAAGAGAUGGAGGGAUAACGACUUGGAAACAAGUUAAAAAUGGCUCAUGUACGGUGGGAGAAACAGAAGAUGAAGGUGAAGCAUGCAGCUCAGGUGUUCAGCAGCAGUGUAGCAGAUUCUCUUGAGUACUGUAACACACAGUUGCAUCUUCCACAAUUCAGCAGAUGUGAGGAGACAGUGAAGUUCCUGAGAACCAUUGAUGCUGCCUUCGAUGUCCUUAACAGCAGGAACCCUUUGGGGAAGGGGUCCAAAGCCCCAAUGAGGACAUCCAACAAAGACCAGGUACAGGAAAUCCUGCUAAAGGCUCAAAGGUCACUCUUGGAACCAAAGACAGCAAAGGGAAGCUGGUGCAUUUAGGCCCAAGGAAAACAUGUGUAGUUGGCUUUAUUGCCAGUUGCGCAAGUGCAUGGAAUAUUUUCCAUGAAGUGGUCAUCCAGCCAAACGCACCGAGCCAAGAUCAACUUGAGCGGUUCUUCUCCUCCCUGAGAGCAUGUGAUGGAUUCAACAACAAUCCCACAUCAAGAAAGUUUACAGCCAGACCCUCCAGGAUUUCACGAUGUUGCGAUUUGCAACUUCAACGCAACAUCAACCAAUCACUGCGAAUUGUGUGCGGUGUCUCAAUUUUAACCAACCACCGCAACUUUCCCGCAAAUUUGACCAAUCAGUGGCGUUGUCUUGAACUGACGUCGACAAACUACCUUCUGCCUUACUUCCGUGUUUACUACUUCAAGCGAUUCAUGCAGCAUGUGCGCGUCCAACGUUUCACACUUGCAGAACAAAAUAACUGCGAAAGAUUUCGAAAAGGGUUCGGCUUAGCUCAGGAGGUAGAGCAGUUGUCUUGUAACCGAAAGGUUGCUAGUUCAAUCCCCAGCUUCUCCUAGCUGAGUGUUGAUGUGUCCCUGAGCAAGACACUAAACCCUAACUGCUCCUGACAAGCUGGCUGUCGCCUUGCAUGGUUGACUCUGACGUCGGUGUGUCAAUGUGUGUAUUAAACGAUGUAAGUCGCUUUGGAUAAAAGUGUGCUAAAUGCCCUAAUUGUAAAUUUGUAAAAGCAGUAUCCUGGUAUUCUGCAUGAAAGCGGGGGUAAAUUAUUUUGCGCUGCAUGCAAUAUUGUGGUGGAACAUAAGUGGAAAUCUUCCAUUGAUAAGCAUUUUGCCACCGCAAAACAUAACUACAGAACUGCAGGCAGGAUGUCAGACGACGAGGCAGAUCACUAUGACGCAGGCUGUUGCAUCCAAGUCAAUUGCCUGCGCGGAAAGAAUCAAGAAUCAAUUAUUCAUAGGACCAUUUCUCAGUGUUUUUGUUCUUCUAAUUAGUGUUUUUUCCAGUAAGAACUUAAUAUUUAACAAAUUACUCUGGGAAAAUUGCAGUAAUAACAUCAGGAAAAUCGCAACUUUUUUCGCAACUUUCACUUCCUCUCGCACUGUAAUCGCAACAAAAACAUUAAAAACACCGGAACUUUCAUCGCAACUUUUUGGAAAGCUCACACAACAUCAGGCAUUUUAACAAUCUCAAAAAAAGCCUGUAAAAUCCUGGAGGGACUGUACAGCUGCCUAUAAGCGUCUUCUUCCAGUCCCAAGUAAAGACAGGGACUGGCAACUGCAUCCUACGUGAUAAUACCACCAUCAUGGAUGUCAAACCUGCUGCAGCAAACACCUUGCGCAGGUUUGAUCUGAAGCCUGUGGAGCAUUCUGACCAUGAAUACCAGCACUGCCUAAAUGUUGACACUGUGUCCGACUACAAGGAUGCCGCAAUCAGCUACAUUGCUGGCAUUGUGGUCAAAAAGCUAAAGGAAAGGUAUAACUGCAUGCCUGCUUACUUCAUCCACCGUACAUCCCUUCAUUCUGUUGAAGAAUCUUGGAGGUUUGGCAAAACCAUCUGCCGAGAUAGUUGCUGUGUGCUGGGAGUCGGAGCGUUGCUUUCAGAGGAUUUGAGAACAACUUCUGGCAAACUCCCCCAGGGACAUGGUAUAACAUCAGCCAUUGUCACUCAAGUUCUGGAAUACAGUGCUGGUAAAGACAUUGUUACCAGAAACCACUGUUGAGGACAAUCACGUACAUCUUCUGGUGAAAAUGGCAUCCUCUUUAUAUUGUAAAAUAAGGAUGAACCAUCUGGCAACAACAGAGUCUGCAAGGACUCUGUUAGACAUAAAUUCACAAAGCUCAUCCAUUUUUAUCACCAGUAAACCCCUUUACUGGGAAGGAUAGAUUGAUAGAUAGAUACUUUAUUGAUCCCAGGGAAAUUCAUUAGCAAACAUAAGUAAUAACAAAAAUCCCCCCACCCCUAAUUUUAACAAUUGGAAUUAAACCAUGUAAAAAUAGUAACAAAUACAAAGUUAUAAGAUGACAUUUAAAUCUAACCUUGCAAUUUUCUUUAAAUAUGAUUUAGAAAAGAAGAUAAUUGUUGUCAACAGUGGAACAUGUAUAGCAUAUCUCAAACCACCCUCCAGCCAAUAAGAUCUGUAUUUGUACAGUUUAGUGUUCAGUGUAAUACUUGGAGCUUGCAUGACGGAGCACAAGUUGGCACAAAGCACUCAAAACUGCAAAAAGACAUUGUUCAAUAAAAGACUUGGAGCUUGCAUAACGGAGCACAAGGCAUAGUUGAAUAGUAAAUUAAUUUUUGUAUAGCACAUCCGAUCAGUGACCUCUGUAAUUUUUGUAAAUGUACAUUUAUGCCCAUCACUAACUUGCAAGUUGAGUUUAGCUUUGCCGAUUAUUUUUUUUAGUUUCUACCCUUUUCGUAAUGUUAUGCGUAUUUUGGUUUUAAGAUAAAGCAAGAAAAACAAAUGUCUCGUAUUUAUAUGACAUGUUGUGACUAGGGAUGGGAAUUGAUAAGAAUUUCACGAUUCUGAUUCCGAUUCUGCUUAUCGAUCCGAUUCCUUAUCGAUUCUCUUAUCGAUUCUCAUUGGGAAAAUAAGUACAAAUGUGUUUGUUUGUAUUAAAUCUCUUUAAUAUCUGAUCAGAAGUGCGGCUAGUAUUAGGAAAUUGUAGAUUUUCAAAUCAAUUGGUCUAGACAAAAAAAUAUGUUUGGCUUUUUAAGCCCAAAUGCCAUCAUUAUGUGCCAUAAAACUAAAAGCACAGACUGAAAACAGUCAAGUAAGAGCUUGUGCCUUUUGGAAUGCUAACAGUAACAAUUUGUAACAAAAUUCAACGGACAUAAACAAAAUGAAGUAUUGAUUAGACAGGCCUACCUAAUAAACCGUUGGAACACGCAAGACCGGAAACCAUAGCAACGCCGGUAAACAAACCCCGAGAAGCCCAAUCCCUAUGAGAGCUCCCCACGCUACGGCCAUCCGGAGGCGCACAGAGCUGUUGGCCGUGAUAUUAUACAUACAAUUCUAUUAUAGUAUAUACUAUUAUAUAUAGAGCUCCGGGAGUCGCAAACUGCAACAAUCAUGCUGCAGUUCACCCCGGACUGCACUGCACUGAGUUUGACGGUUGAAAGCUGAUUAGCUGUUACGUUACACAUGUCACUCAGUUGUCACGCUAUUGAACGCUGAAUGGCUGUCAUCACGAAAAAAACUUGUCGCCGUUUUUCCCUCGCGAAAAAUUCGCCCGAUACGCGUCUCUACGUUCACUUUGUAUGGGAUCUUGUCGCCCCAUCGCGUUUGGUGUGAACGCACAAUGCGCUUCUUCCUCGGCGGCGCCAUGUUUGCUGCGUUCUGAACCAAAUCAAAGCAGCGCGUGUGUGACGUCAUGACGCAUUUGCCGUGACCGGAACCGAUAAGCGGAAUCGUUAAGCAGGCUUGCUAAUGAUUCCAAGGAAUCGGUUGAAGGCACCGGUUCUGAACAAGAACCGGUUCUCGAUUCCCAUCCCUAGUUGUGACUGUCUGAGUUUGUGAUAUGAGUCUACAGUCUCGUAUUUAUAUACAUGUUUCAUGUAUUUAUGUUUUUGACAUGUUGUGACAGUGCCUCAGUUUGUGAUGGGAGUCAAUGUUCUAGUAUUAUCUUUGUUCUAUCUAUAGUCUUGGUUCUAUGUUCCCACUCUUGGCCUACAACUCGACGUG